AUGGUAUCCUUCAGUUGUGAUCUGUGUGCCGACAUAUUAAAGAAACCAAAACUAGAUCAACACAAAGAGCAUUGUCGAAACAGUACCUUCACAUGCCUUGACUGUAAUACAACCUUCGAAGGGACUAAAUAUAGAAGUCAUGUUAGUUGUAUUAGUGAACAAGAGAAAUAUCAAAAGGGAAUUUUCAAAGGAAAGAAGAAACAAGACAACCCCCCCGAAAAGUUGAACCAAACGCCGGCAACAUCAAAACCAAAACAAAAUGCCGGAACUAGCAAUGAAGCAAGUCGAGAGCCGGCUCCUAAGAAAACCAAAGAUGUGCUCGACAAGAAGAGUAAAGACGCGAAUCAUGAGAAUGAACCGGACAUGGAUUAUAAGAAAGAACAGGAUGCCGUUCACCAUAAGAAAGAUCGAGCCGUGACUUCCAAAAAGAAUAAAAAAGAGUCCGAAGGUGAUUUGGCUGCUGUUGAGAAAUCCAAGAAAAAGUCUAAAAAAAAGGAAGCAGUAACCAAGAAUGAGGAAAAGGAAAGUGUUGAUGAAGAUAAAAUAGGGUCCGAAGGUGAUUUGGCUGCUGUCGAGAAAUCUAAGAAAAAGUCUGGAAAAGUAACCAAAGUCGUUGAAGUUUCGAAAAAGCGAAAAGCCGAGGAGCAACUUACCCCGGAAAAGAAACAGCCCGAAGCUCAGGCUGAAGACUCGAAUGACAAUGUUCGAAAGUCGAAGAAGAAAAAGUUGGCGCCACAAAACCCGACGCAAUCACGACCAGAAGACGAAGACAAACUUGACGAACCCCCGGCUAAGGUAAAAAAUCUUGAUCAAUCGGCUGAUAAAAAUAAGAAAAAGAAAAAGAAAACUGUCAAACUGGCUUCAACCGACGGAGGAGAAAAUUCAUCUAAUUCUCGGGAAAAGACCGAAUUGACUUCAACAAACGGAGAGGAAAAUUCGUCUGAUUCUCAGAAAGCGAAAAUAACCGCUUUCGACUCUAGUUUGUCCCCUGUUAGUGCUGAUAAAGAUUUGAGACGUAAAAGAGAACAGCAAGAUGCUGAAUCUAGUUCCUCAAAAGGUGAAAAGAAACAGAAAACCGAGGCUAUUGAAACUACAUCGGUAAAACAAAAUGAUAACGUGAAUGGUAAGAAGAAAAAGAAGCGUUCCGGCGCGGAAAAGAGUAAUGAAAACACGAAAGAUGACAGCUUUGGUUUCAAAUUUUCCGCGAUUGAAGCGUUAGAGAAAGCCUUUACGGAAGGGAAGCAUCAAGAAAUAACGCUUCAACAAUUGGAAAAAAUGGUUGUUGAUCAAUACUCCGCUGACCCAAAGAACACAUUGAAUUCUAGCGAACUGGGUCAAAAAUUCAGAGAGAGCAUUACAUUCGUGUUCAAAGAUGGAAAU